AUGACGACCCUUGAGCCUCGCCAGCCCUACACUGACGCAGAGCUGCGCCAGCUCUACCCUCCACAGCUGCAGCUCCAGCUCGUGCAGAUCCUCCUACGCCACGGCGAGCGCACUCCCGUCACACCCCGCUUCCAGAAUACCGGUCUGCCUCCGUACUGGCCCUACUGUCGCGCCGUACGCCACCUCCGCUCCGCCGUUCUGGAUCCCGACACUGGAGAGUACUCGUACCUCGACUGGAAGCGCCGCCUUGAGACGUUCAACUCCGAGGAUGACAGCCCCAUCAUUGCUGCCGGCCCCAACGCCGAGCUAGACGAUGUGUGUGAUAUGGGUAUGCUUACAGACCGCGGUCGAGAGACCACCCGCAACUUAGGACGUCGUUUCCGCGAUCUUUAUGUCGACCGCCUCAACUUUCUCCCCGCGAACCUGACCAACGCCGAUUCCCUCUACCUACGCUCGACCCCCGUCCCCAGAGCUCUAGAAUCACUCCAACAGGCUCUUACAGGUCUGUAUCCAGCGACGCACCGCGACCCCGCCCUGCCGCCCCUCACUCUCCUCACACGCGCGCCUCAAGACGAGACCCUGUUCCCCAACGAUGGUAACUGUCGACGGUUCGCCGCCCUAUCCCGUGCUUUUGCCCAGCGCACUGCCGACCGGUGGAACGAGACACCUGAGAUGGAAUACCUCAACAAAAAGCUCGGCAAGUGGAUGCCUCAGGGCUCCCGCAUUGCCGUCGACUCCCGUCCUCGUCUUAGUGGCAUCAUGGAUACCAUCAACGCUACGCGUGCCCAUGGUCCGAGAACGAAGCUGCCGUCUGAGUUCUAUGACCCCAAGGCCAUCGCCAUCAUCGAGAAGAUUGGCGUGGAAGAGUGGUACAGCGGCUACAGGGAGAGCCAGGAGUACCGCACCCUCGGCAUAGGUGGUCUGAUGGGUGACGUCGUGGCUCGAAUGGUUGGCAGCGUGGAGCAUACCCCGGCCGACGGGGACUACGAGAUCAAGCUGCCCGGAGCAGCACCCAGUCCGGUCCGGUUCGGCAUGAGCGGCUGUCAUGAUACCACUCUGGCAGGCGUGCUAGCUAGCUUGGGUGCUUUUGGCACUGAAAAAUGGCCCCCUUUCACAAGCCACAUUGCCAUCGAACUGUUCCGUGACUCAAAUAUCCCGGCCGUCGAGGCCUCUACCGGGUUACCGCCGGCGCCGGCCCCACAGACUGGCAGCUGGUUCAGCUCCUGGUUUUCCUUCGGCCGCGCUGGCGUUCCUACCCCGGGCACGGCGCCCCCUGGCAUCGGUCGUAAGCCCACCCCCGAGCUCACCGAUACCGAGAAGGGCAAGUUGGACGGGUACUACGUGAGGUUGCGAUAUAACGACGAGCCCAUCACCAUUCCCGGCUGCAAACCUACGGGCAAACAUCUCCAAGGUGACGAGUCAUUUUGCACUCUGGCCGCCUUUAAGUCGAUCGUCGACAAGUACACACCCAAGAACUGGAAGGAUCAAUGCCGCAUGAACGCCAGCGCCCCGGCGUUCCCCGCGAACCCCGAGCCAGCCGGAUACUAA